AAAUUUGUCCAGUGAAAUUUGAGCGUCUGGGUUGCUAUAAAGACAGACACCAACCUUUGAUGCGCCCAUUGAAUGAAUACAUUCUGACAGAUCGAGAUAGUACGCAUCCUGUAUCCAGUGGUAGAAGUAUUGACUGGAAUAACUUUGAUACCUACCUGCCCGACCUCGCAUGCCGGUGUGCAAUGAAGACUGUCGAGAAAGGAUGGAAUACUUUUGGUGUCCAGUAUUAUGGUAAGAUAUACCGACAUUUCUGAACAUGAACCAUGCUCGGUGAAAGAAACAUCGUAGCCUAAUGAGCGAUUAGUGGCGAAAAAAAAUUUACAUCAGGGGUUCUGCUAUGCCCGAAUCAAGCGAAAAAUAGGAUCGUCUUAGACGAAGUGAGAAGAGUUGUUGAACAAUAUUAAUAAAUAGCUUAAGAUCUACGACGUCGACGUCAGCUAGGACGUCAGGGCUAAGCAGAGGACUGGGACUAGGAUGUUGUCCUAAAUAAAUAGAUAGCUCAAUAUCUACGACGUCAAAUAUUUAGGACGGCAAGCGGAAAUAAAUUGGUAAUAGUUUUUAAAGUAUGCAUGUGUCUCUCUCAAUUUGCUCGUCGUCCACCAAACGUCGACAACCUCAUUUUACCGUCGUGGAUACAAGAGCAUAGCGGUAAUGAAUUCAUGUGUCUCUUUAAAAAUCAUUUUCAAAAGAAUGUAAAUAUUUAUAGUUUAAAUGUCGAUGUCGUGAAUCUAAAGUGGAAGUUUAUUUAUAUUUAGGACGACGUCCUAGUCCCAGUCCUCUGCUUAGCCCUGACGUCCUUGUGACGAAUUUUUUCUCAAUUCGUCGACGUGAGCGCCGGCACACAAGCAAUGUUUAUUUUAAGAAAACUUUAUUACUUCACUGUUUAAAGAAUUGAACAACGAUGACUAUAAUUAUCUACUAAUACAUACGAGCCAGUUCGAAUGAAGAUUUCACAGCACUUCCGCACUUCUUUCUCGGCGAAUAGGUGUACAGUUAUCUAAUCUUUCGUAGACUUCGUAGUUAUCUUUGACGGUGGUCAAGCUCAACUUCAAAUCACGGUUGAGUUACCAUACAUUGAACUUCGCAUUCAUCAGAGCACUGGUUGUCAUCGAAGACACCACCAUUCGCUGCCCUUUAGUACGAUCACCGAAGAUCAUUUACUUGCGACUUCAACAAUUGCAACUUCUCACGUCCUUUUGACUUUCAAUUCACCACCCAAAGUACCACUUCUACCAUGUGCCACUUCUCUUCGUUAAGCUUUUAUGGCUCUCUCUGAUAUUAGCACAUGGUUGCCCCUUUUUAUGGCAACCGAAUUAAUUUGCAUCUACGUCAUAUUUACAUCAUGAAUUAUUUCUACGUCAUAUUUACAUAAUUCAUUAAUCAUUACGUACAGUCCUAGCUGACGUCGACGUCGUAGAUCUUAAGCUAUCUACUGAAUAGCUUUUCACGUCGUGGUGACAUUCAAGAAAGCAACGUUUGCCAUGCUGGCUCUCGUUGACAGAUAAAAAUUAUAUUAAUGCCGCGUAUUCAUUCGACUUUUCACUGCUUAGCGCGUUGUUGUAGCGCGCUUGAAAGGUGAUGUGUUGAGCGAUUUAGAUCAAGCAUGCAAGCAUAAUUUUAGCGAUAAAUGAUAGUCACUAAGUUUGUUGGAUAGUUAGUUUAUCUGCAGUGAUUGAUGGAUAUAGUUAGGUUACCUACAGACUACAGAGUUUGUUGAAUAGUUAGUUUAUCUACAGGGAUUGAUUAUCAACAGGUAUUUAGUUAGUUAGUGUGUGCUAGUUAGUCUACCAAUAAUAUAGUUAGUUAAAUGAAAUUACAUUCGAAAUCUAACACAUUUCCAGGAGAAUGUUGGUCAGGAGAGGAAGGCGAUGUGACGUAUUAUAGAGAUGGAAAAGCCACAACAUGCGUGAACAAAUGUUAUGAACAAUGCCAUAAUUAUGAUCCAUUUUGUACUGGAACGGGAUUUACAAAUUUUGUUUAUCGUGUUAUAAAUGCUACAACAGGUAUAUUGUGAUUUGUGCAUUUUCGACUUUCAGUAGUGUUUGCUGCAUAUGCAAAGCUAGGGAUUGAACAAAAUGCAUGGCUAUUUGAAUAAACGUUCAUUGAACGUUCGGUUUCUGCCGUUAUGUACAUCAAAGGGGGAAACAUAGUUUUUUGAACUAAUUUACUGAUAAUUUCGAUGACUUAGAAAUACAUAUAGGGCAUAUAAACCAACGUGUAGUAAUCGUGUUAUACCACUCACCAUGCAGUCACCUGAUACAGAUAACGGAACGUUUUGGGCUAUACUUCAUUUAUCGUUGGCCAAAUCGCAAGUGAAAAUUCAAUAGUACAGUGUCCCCAUGCAGUGUCCUCAAGAAUCUAAAGCUCCGUUGAUUGUUGCCGAGGCCUGUCAAAUACUGGGGCCGGUUGUACAAAACCUUUCAUCACUUUUUAAUCACUAUUUUGUAGUUAAAUGGUGAUUAACUCUCAAAUACGUGCUUCUUAUUGGAUGACGUUUCCACUAACUAUAGUUAACUUUAAUCACUUUUUUAUACAACCGGCGCCUGGUGUUCUUCUAUUUAUCAAACGUAAAUUUUGUUAAAACCUUUCUCGACAGAUGUAUGUGAGAUACCUUACCAAGCAGUUGGCUGUUACAGUGAACCACCUUCUGAACGAGCCCUUAAUGAACUGAUCCUGGAUGAUAUUAACCCAAUAAGCUCAGAGUUCAUGGGCUAUAUGUCAACAGAAUUUACUGACUGGGAGGAAUAUAUGAAGGGACUGAUAUGUCGUUGUGCGAGGAAAAUCAAGGAGAAAGGUUAUACUACUUUCGCCAUCAAUAAUGGAGGUAAGUGCAUGCAUGCUGCAUGAUAAUGGUGGAAGUCUUGUGAGGGAAAGAUUUCAUUUUUUUAAGAAAGAUAUUAUUAACUAAGCAUAGUAAAUAAGGCCAAAAAAAAAAUAUGUGGGUUUCCGGUUUCUUCUUAUAAAAACUUAGGUAGGGUAGGUCGGUUUUAACUACUUUUUUUUAAACUUUUUUCAAAUUUUUCCUAACAACCGGACGCCAUUUUGUUUAGUCAGUGCUUCAACAUCCAAAGAUAAAUUUCCCUAAUAUUGCCUCAAAUUUCAAUUAUAGUGGGAGCAGGAAUAACAGUUUGAGUUGGGAUUAAUGUUAUGUUAGAAUUAUUUAAGAAAAAUGCGUUGGAGUUGGGGGAUGGAAAUUAAGUUUCCAUUGUUUUGCCUUCAAUAAUUCGUCAUAUUUCAGUUACAAACAUCCGUUUUGCCAGCUCUAAAAGCGCCACAAUCGUAGAAUUCGCGCUUAUAUGAAGUAAGCUACAAAUAUAGCUAAAACGCCUGAAACUAAUCUGACACAGGGUAUCACCAGAAAAUCAAACCGGCUGUAUAUCUGAAACGGAGACAUGGUACUAACUUCAUCCUGUGGUUUUCAGAUUCCAAAAACGCAGUUCUGUUUUACUGCUUUUGCAGCAUAGGACUAUAACUGGGAGCGUAUAUCAAUGACUCCUUUAUUAAUGUAAUGCUAUACGAGUGUACAGCAUAGUGAUUUCAGGAAGGUUGCCCAUGCUAGUUGGAAAAUAUAAGGCUUUAAGGCCCUUUUGGAAACCCUGACAAUCAUUGCAAACUUCGAGCGCUUCAAAUAGAAAACAUUCGCCUCCAAUACCUGUUGCCUCGACAGCAGCGACAUAGCUAUAGAGCCUGUCAACUUUUACAGUUGACUUCGGCGUGCAACAAAUCAUGUUGGAAACAUUCUCUAAUGUUUCUCUGAGGAUGGCUCUGUAAUAAACUGUACUAUAUUUUACCUGUUUUUCAAAGGUCAGUGCUACAGCAGUGCUUCUGCGGACACAAUGUAUGACAUGCAUGGUACAAGUGAAGAAUGUUACCACAACGCGACCACACCAUGUUCAUCAAGCACUUGUAGUGGAGGACAGAACACAAACUACGUGUAUAAACUUCAAGUUGAAGACAACACCGAAUGAAUGCAAGGUAAUCACCUGACUAAUUUUCGGCGUUUCUUUUCGGUUAGGCACCUCUGUAGCGUGUUUUUCAAUGGGGCGGAUAUUUUUGUUAAAAUAUUUUCCACGCUGCAGCUGCAUGUACAUAAUAUGUGAAACAAAACUCGUAUGCUCCGGCGCGCUUAAAUUCAAUAUGGCGAUCAGGGUGCCAAGUCUGGAUUUACCAGCACGUUCACUCCUCAGAUAUCGCCAAUACUCAAUGCUCAAAAAACGUUUCGGGGGUAUGGAUCGAGCAAAGAUUAUGCACAUUUCAGGAGGGAGAAUGCCUUUGUACUACCAAGGGGAUUUUCCGCAAAAAUAUUAUAAAUUUUGGGUGAAAAACCAUUGCAACCAAAAAACCCAUAACAAGUAAACAUAGUAUAAACAUGUACGGAUGUACCGUUGCUUUGCAGAAUUUUCAAAGGGGGAAAAUUUGUGGGCAGACAUACGAACGACAUAUGUUGAUGUCGUGGCAACCGAAUCCGGUAUCGUGUAAAUAGAGUCUUAAUCUCAUGAAAGUCAGGGCCACCGUCACCGAUAUUAAGAAAGGGGAGGGCCUGAGGAGGAGUUACGCCUGAUAGACAACAAUCUCGUUACCCGAGCCUGCGAUCCUCGGGAAGGCACGUGAGGCUCUGGGAUAAUCCGUUGCUGGAAGCUAGGAAUCCUGGCUAAGACUGAACUGCGCAUUCCAUAUCAACGGCCAAUCAGAUUCCUCCCUGAAACGGAUUAUCCCAGAGCCUCAAGUUCCUUCACGAGGAUCGCAGGCUCGGGGAACGAGAUUGGAUAAACAAUAGACAUUGUAAUUGUCUACAGUAUGAUUUGUUUCUUUUUAGGUGCAUCGUUCGUUUUUUGAAUUGAGCUGCGUAUAAUGUAUAAUUGACAAUUGAUAAUUUAGUGUAAAAGUGACCAUAUAACAGUCACAAAUAGAGUUUAUUUCAAAUUCUGAAGAAUGAUUCUUAAUAUGAUUCAAGUAAUUACAUGUAAAACGAUUCAAAUAAUUGAAUAUAUAUGUCAACCAAUGUAAUUCGUACAAUCAGUAUGAUGUACUGUGUUUUAAUGAAUAAUGUAUAUCGCAAAUAAAGGAGCACACAAAAAUUCAGUAUUGACUUAUUUCUGCGGUGUGUCAGACCUCUAGCGACCAUAGAUAUCUUAUAUACACCAGGGAGUGCAUCUAAUAAUACUGCAAUUCAAAAAUUUAAACAUCCAGUUAAACCUAUUCCAAAUACAUUUUCAAACUAUUCAAAUGAUGAAAGUUCUUGUUGUUUUUUAAGCGUUUAUUAGCGAGUGGGAAACUCCAACAUGGCCGCCAUCUAUUCAAAUGGGGGUAACCGCUGGAAUAUUCUUGGCUUCAAUUUUACUAAAAGACUGAGAUGCACUGUCUAGUGUAUAUAAGAUAUCUAUGAAUCAGACCUGCAUGGCUGGUCCAUCUUUCUUUGCACUAAGUUCCACUCCAGAACCAGAAAAACCAGUUCCCCCUCUUUGGAUUGCAACGAUGUCACUUUCUUUUAAUUUCUCACUAGUGAAAGGACAUAACAUGUCCUUUUUAAUCAACUUCUCAACACAGUCCAUUGUCACUACAUUUCCAGUGUUCGCGAGUACAGCACAAGGAACCGAGUUUCCCAGAGCAUCAUGGGUAACAGCACACUUGUAACGAACCUCACGGGUGAUGAGCGAUUUAUCAUCACCAGCAGCGACAGUGAAUUUGACUGGUAUAAGAUCUUUGAUUCGUAAUGGUUUGCCAGACAUUGGACAUCUUGUUUUAGUAUCCGGUUUCUUGGCUUCAUCUGGUUUUGCUUGAGGUGUAAGGGAUGGAAUCCAGAAACUUGGUAGUUCUUUCCCAACU